CCCGCUCUGACGCGCAGAUGCACGGCUAGCGUGAGGAACGGGAGCAGCUUGUCUGGAUCCCAUCGGUACUGCCGGCGAACCCCUUCCCCCGCCUUGCAAACUGACUGCGAGGAGCAACGGGAAAAUAAAAGAUUUGACAAGCAUCUGACAUGUCUACUAACGAAUCCACCGAGUAACCGUGCUGCCCCCAAAAAGAGAUUCAUAAAUAAAUGGGAUCAAUCUCCAGUGAGAAUCAAGGUGGAGGAGGAGUAUGACCAGAUCCUAGUAGAAGACCAGCAGGCUCUGGUCCCACAGGAGCCAUAUGAGAUCAUGAAUGGUCAGGAGCAGCCGAGUAGCCCGGACUUCUCCAAACCUUACAGCCUACAGUUGGCCUGUGAGGAUACCUCAAACGACCCAACUGACCCACUUCCUGUCACUGAGACAGUGCAAGAUGGACAAGAGGUAGAGGAACAGCACUAUAGUCCCAGUACCAAGGCGUGGAGAAGGUCUGGGACACACAGCAUGGGUUCUGAAGGUCAAGAAGAGUGUCUAGCAGAAGAUACGCCAAGUGUAGGGAUGGAGUAUGAUGCCCAGCUGCAGUUUGAGCAGGCCGCUGGAAGCUCUGAAGAUCUCUACAGCAUCGACCAGCAAAUAACACUCGGAGAGAUUCUCACCUACUGCCAGGUCAUGUAUGAGGCGAUUCAGAAACUUGAUCAGAAGUUUGAUCAGCUGCAGGCCAAGGUCACAAGCAUACAGACUGUCCAUCUCAGUCCUGGACUCUUCUCGCAGAAAGCCCAGAUGCUCUCCAGCACUGGAGUACCUGUGCACCAGUUCAGAAUGGACGGAUGCACGAUAACGGAUUCUGGGCUUCCCAUGCCGCAGCUGGUCCGGGUAGGCUCCCCUCCGCCCUCUGUCCAGGGCGAGUCUAAGAAACCGCCUCCCCUCUCUCCAGCCCCAGGGGUCCCCAGCCCCCCCCGGCUGGCUCCUCAAGCACGCAAAGGCUUACAGGUCGAAAGCACGGCGGCAGUGGGUCCCAGGGAAGGUCCACCGGCAGCCAACACGGACACCGUGGAGACCCCUAAGAAAGCCUCUACGCCAAUAGCGGGCAGUGCCCCAAAGACUGCCCGCAAAAGCCCACCAGGAGCCAACCCUGGGAAACACAAGACAGUGUGGCUGGGGGACCCCAGGAGGAAGGUGCGCAUCCCCAGCAGCGCACUGCAGAAAGCGGUGGGCGCUAUGAGCCCCCGGAGCGCCGUGCGCCUCCUCCUGCGUAGCCUUUUCCCUGUGGAGACACUGACUUCCAGCAACAUCAUGGGCGACUCUGUGAGGGGCCUGAAGAAGCUGGACCCCAACAAGAUCGCAGCCAUGAGAGAAUGGGUUGCGAAGAAAUUUCCGACUUUCGAUCUGAAAGAGAACGGCAGGGACUGGAAGGCCUGCGUCUCCAUCAUGAACUCCACUGCCAGAUACCUCCGAUUUGAGGCCAAAAAACAGAGGAAACCCAAGGUGCAGUGUGACACUGGCAGUGACCCGGUGGCGACCGCAGAACCUGACCCGCCUGCAGUGAACCCUGCCGCUGAGAUUGACGUAGAGCUGUCCGAUGGUGAGGGAGAUGGGCCCAUUCGCUCCCGCAAGGCCUCAGCCUCAGUCCCCCAGCAGAGGGCACCAGAGAGCAGCUCAAAGCCCAGCUUGGGGGGUGGAGAGACCACCAGUGAUGACACACUCGAAUACCUGGGUUCUCCUAGCCGACAGGUGAAGGUGCCACAGGUGGCCAUGUCCACAGCGCGCCUGCGCAGUCGGCCAGAGCUGGUCGCCCGCUUCCUCAUCAAGUACCUGUUCCCAGAGCAUGUGCUGGUCAGGAGCAACGUUUAUGGGAACAGAGAGCAUGGCAUCCAAGCUCUUGACCGAAAUAAGAUCAGCGCGCUCCGAGAGCACCUGAAGGAUCGCUUUCCCUGGAUGCUGCUGGAGGAGAACGGACAGGACUGGAAGGUGUGCGUGGGAGCCAUCAACAGUACCAUCCGCAAAUUCCGUCACGACCUGAAAAAGGGCAAGACCCGCAAGAAAGGCCGAUGAGAGCGGACCCAGAGCUGAGGAGGACCCGAGAGAGAAGAUGAAGAGAGACGAUGGGGGCGAAGGGGUUCAGAAAGGAGACAGGGAGACAACAGGGGCCUGAGAGGGACGUCCUCUUAACGUGUACUGUAACCAAGAGCUGGACCGCUGGGUUCUGUUUGUGUCCCACAUUAAGCCAUGCCAAGAGCAGCUGGAAGGUUCAUUAGCUGUCUAAUGCUCUGGGUUCCUUAGUUUCUUUGUGUUUGUUGUCGAGCAUAUUUAUGUUGGGAUUCAGAUUUGGAGCUGCUGAUGUUUAUGCACUUUUGCCACUUUGGUUUGUUUUCAAAGUCAUUUCUCUGGUGAAUUUAACAUGUAGCAACAGUGUGUUUGGAAAGGAUGUCUGUUUAUGUUUCUUCUUUUAUGAACCAUGAAAAAUGGCAUAUUAAUGAGGAUUUAUUUAUUUAUUUAUGAGAAAUUUUAAGGAAAUUAAUAUAUUUUCUCAAAAUCUACAUGGGUGUUGUGGUAUAUCGUAGAAUGUGUGAAUUGACCGUGUGCACACACAUGCGGAAGACCAAAGCAAGUUUACGUUACAGUUGCAGUGUGUGUAAUUAUUUUUAAGUUUGUAUAUAUGGUCAGGAAAAAAAUUGAAAAAGUUGAAAAUUAUUAAUUGGAAAAACGUUCAAGCCGGUAGACCUUCGCAACAUCCAGAUUGCCAGCUGCUGGAUCAUCAAGGAAAAGGCGAAUUAAAUGCGGUUGCUAACGAGGAACGUUUGGAAUCAACACCCCCCCCCCCCCCCCACCCCGAAAGGACACCGCAUGGUUCACUCUCUCUGAUUAAAAUAAUGUACACCGAUUAUCGUACAUUGAAGAUAGUACUAUUGGAAGGAAUGUAUUGAUCUGCUUCAGAUAUGAUUU